AUGGCCUCGCAAGGCUUCUCCAGAAAACGCCCUGCUCCGGGCGCCGAUCCAGUCCCGUAUCCUGCUCAGAUGCAGAAUGCCGCGCCCACGUACAACGAUGGCCUUGGGCCGCAACUCUCCAAUGACCAGUUCCUUCAGUGGGGUCAAACUGGUCAACCUGUUUCUGGUCCCUCAUACAAUGAAACCAGCUUUGGAUUGAACGCAAACACCUACCCUGCGGGCAAUCCUCAACCUGUUCCUCAACCUUCGAAUCAAAUCGCCCGACGGCCUAUGGCCCAACUUGCUUCACGGGUACCCCGACCGAGCGAAGACGGGAAUAGCUGGACAGAGCAUCCAAAUGGAGGCUCACAUCCCACAAACCCGGAAUGGGAAGAUGACAUAGCAGAGUUGGAGGCAAGAGCACAGAUCGCAAAGAGAGAAGCUCAAGCAAAGAGGAAACAGAUACCUCCAUUUGUUCAGAAGCUUAACAGCUUUUUAGAGGACGGCAGAAACACCGACCUUAUCCGUUGGUCAGAUGAUGGAAACUCAUUCAUUGUCCUGGAUGAGGAUGAGUUCGCAAAGACACUGAUCCCGGAGCUGUUCAAACACAAUAACUAUGCUUCUUUCGUGCGUCAACUCAACAUGUACGGCUUUCACAAGAAAGUCGGCCUUUCCGACAAUUCCAUGAGAGCCAGUGAACGUAAAAACAAGAGUCCAAGUGAAUACUCCAACCCCUACUUCCGGCGCGGUCAUCCAGACUUGCUCUGGUUGAUACAGAAGCCGAAAAACAUCGGCGGACCUGCCUCGAAAAGAAAAGGCAAACCGGACAACGAUCAGAACGAGGAGGACGCCGACGACUUCGUGGAUGAGACGAAUCCCGUUGAUACCCGAGUACGUGCCCGACCGGGCCAGCUCACACUGGGAAGCAGUGAGAUGGCUCUGACCCAGGAUCAAUUCAAGAGCGUACAGCGUGAACUGGCAGCCAUCAGACAUCAGCAGACGCAAAUCUCUCGUAUGAUGCAACAACUCAAGCGCGAGCAUGAACAGUUGUACGGGCAAGCGGCGACCUUCCAAGACCAGCACAAUCGACAUGAGAACUCGAUCAAUGCUAUCCUGACGUUCCUCGCCACAGUCUAUAACCGCAGCCUACAAAGCCACGAGAGCGUACAAGGUAUUGCCAACCUUUUCCAAAAUGCGAUUCCCGUCGACACAUCAACUCAGGGUAAUGUAGUUGAUGUCGGCGACUACAGCUUCAAUGACAUCAACCUCGAUGGUAGCCCUGCGAAGCCGUUCAAGAAACAGCCUCUGCUACUGACUAACGGAAGCGGGCAACCACAAGCGCCACAGCAGCCACACGGUCGAGCGAGCACGUUAUCACCUCGGUCUGGCAACAGUCCUUAUCUUACCCCUAAGACAACAGGUCACCGCAGCGGACAGUCCCAAUCUCUGCUCUCACCGAAACUUGAAGAGGUUUUUGAUCCUGGGGUCCAUAACCCUAAUAGUGCCAACGUCUCCUCUGUCAAUCAGGCACGCAACGAUCUGCCGUCCCGGGACAUGAUGACAAUGAUACAAAACGCCAAUGCGAGGAACAAUCACUCUGCAAAUUCCCCGACCACACCGGCGCAAGACUUCUCCAAUGUCCUCAGCAAUCUUGAAGCGUCAUCCGGUACAGGACCGCUGUCCACGGCCCAGCGUGCUGACGUCCUCCGUAUGAUCAACAACUCCGCUAACCAACCCGCGGGCAAUGACAAUGCACUCAUAAACGCCACGCCACCGCCCGGACCUCCGAACUUCCAUCGCCGGCUCGCCAGCACCCAAGCAGACUUGGAACAACUCGCCAAGUUACAAGCGGAGCAGGAUAAAUCUGUUCAAAACCUCACCAACUUGUUGCAGCCGCUAUCUCCGACCGGUUCAAUCCCCGGAAUUGGUGACGGCCAGUCUUUUCCACCUCCGCCUCUGGACAUUGACGACUUUUUGACUCACAACGAGUACUUUGGCGAUUUUCCUAGCGACGGGAACGGCAACUACGACUUCGGCAACACAGGACUGGGUGGAGAUCAAUUAGGGACGGCCGACCACAUGAACUUCGCUUACAAAGAUGACGACGAGUUGUUUGGAAACCUGAACAAUGACAACACAGCUGGGUUCGGUGGAUUUGAUGGGACCAAUGCGGGUGCGGGUAUGGGGGUUGGUGUGGGUACCGGUAUGGGGGCAGAUCAGUACGGCGGAAAUACGGGGAAUCUCAAAUUUGACCAGGCGGCCCAGUACACUGAGCAUGAUGGUGGGGGACGGGUUGAGAGCGUGCCGAGUAGCGAAGUCACUACUCCCAAGUCAGACAAGUCUGGUGCCAGCCGAACGGCGACCAAAGGCAGGAAGCUGAGCGAGGUUGAAGAAGAAGGCGUCGGGAGGAAGAGAGUGAGGGCCUGA